AGGGAGAUUGCAUGCGUAUGCAUGUACGGACAUACAUAUAUUAGAUUGUACCAGGCACUAUUUUGUUUAUUUGCUUUGAAGUAAGACUCAAUUUUGUUUAUUGAGUUGAGAAAUCUUUUUCCGCGGGACUAUAAACCAAAUGGCUCAGCUAUCGGAGGAGCAGUUUCGCAUACUCAUCGAAACUAUACGUGCUCUCGCCCCUCCGAAACCAGAAGAGCCGCAAUCGAAGGGUAGCUUUAGCAACUGUACGGUGCGGUUCAGUGGUCAACGAGACAAUGACGCAGUUGAUGAGUUUAUUACAGCAAUUGAAACGUACAAGGAUGUCGAAGGAAUCAGCGAUCGCGACGCGCUUAAAGGCAUCUCAUUACUGUUUAAUAAUAUCGCGAUUACCUGGUGGAAAGGUGUGAGACGAGAGGCAAAGACAUGGCAGGAUGCGUUAACGCUAUUACGCGAUCAUUUUUCGCCUACAAAGCCAUCUUAUCAAAUAUAUAUGGAGAUUUUUGAAACAAAACAGUCAAACCACGAAGUCAUCGAUGCAUUUGUUUGCAACAAAAGGGCGCUACUGGCCAAAUUGCCAGAUGGCCGGCAUGACGAGGAAACUGAACUGGAUUUUGUUUACGGCCUGAUGUUGUCCAAGUAUAGAGACCAUAUACCUCGCCAUGAAAUCAAAACUUUUCGGGAACUGCUGGAACGCGGUCGCAGCUUGGAACGCACAAGACACUAAUUCAAUUGUUUAUAAUUAUGUAAACUUUGUAAGUUAGAUUAUAAAAUAUGUAAAUAUACAAAUAUAUGUAUAAAAGUAAA